UUAUUUUGUUUCGGUUAUAAUCUACAAAAAUAUGCUGGUAGAUCUAUUAUCUGAUUGUUGUUACAAUUAGGUUGCGAUAUGUUUGGUUUAAUUUCUCAUUUUUGAUAAUCUCCGAUUGUGUAGCAAGCACAUUUUAUCUUUGAGGGCAGGGAUGGAUCCAGGAAUUUAUAUGAAGAGGGGCAAAAAUAUAUAUAGACAAAAUUUAAGAGAUUUAAGAGGGGCAAUUAGUGAGAAAUUAAACCAAAUAUAUUUUACAUGUAUAGUUUAUGUAUAUGUGAUGAAAUUUGAGGUGGGGCAUUUGCCCAUGCUAACUAGUAGCUAGAUCCGUCCCUGUUUGAGGGUAUCAUCACCUAUAAUUCAGGGAAAGAAUGGCAUCUGUGACUCUUCAACCUCGAUGUUACUUCAGUAACUCUUGCGUCAAUCAGCAGAACGGAAUCGCUUCAUUUAGGUUGAUUUCAAAAGGCGUCAAGCUAGAUAUUCCUUUGACAAGAAGAAGUUAUAGCUCUAGGAGAAGAACCAUUGCUGUGACUAAGGCAUCGGCCUCGCACUCCACAACAGUCCCUGAUCCAGUUUUGUCCCCAUCAAGUGGCACCUCAAGUGAAGCCAAGAAGAAAUCAAAUGAAGCUGCACUGAUUCUGAUCAGACAUGGUGAGUCUAUGUGGAAUGAGAAGAACCUGUUCACCGGUUGUGUCGAUGUGCCACUCACCAAGAAGGGAGUGGAAGAAGCUAUUGAAGCUGGCAAAAGAAUCAGCAACAUACCAGUCGACAUGAUCUAUACUUCUUCUUUAAUUCGUGCACAGAUGACUGCUAUGCUUGCAAUGACCGAACAUCGUCGCAAGAAGGUUCCAAUUAUUUUGCACGAUGAGAAUGAGCAAGCAAGAGUAUGGAGCCAAAUAUUUAGCGAAGAUACUAAGAAACAAUGCAUCCCAGUUGUAACUGCUUGGCAGCUAAACGAAAGAAUGUAUGGAGAACUACAGGGCCUGAAUAAGCAAGAAACAGCCGAUAGAUACGGUACCGAACAAGUCCAUGUGUGGCGACGCAGUUACGACACACCUCCUCCAAAUGGCGAGAGUCUGGAAAUGUGUGCUGAGAGAGCUGUUGCAUACUUCAAAGAAUUUAUUCAACCCCAGCUUUUGUCUGGGAAGAAUGUGAUGAUUGCGGCCCAUGGAAACUCACUGAGGUCCAUUAUCUGGUAUCUGGACAAGCUGACUUCUCAAGAGGUCAUUAGCUUGGAAUUAUCAACUGGGAUACCAAUGCUUUACAUUUUUAAAGAGGGUAGUUUUAUUCGCAGGGGUAGCCCUGUGGCACCAACCGAAGCUGGUGUUUAUGCUUACACUAAGAGUUUGGCUCAAUACAGGCACAAAUUAGAUGAAAUGUACCAAUCCUGAUGGAGCUAUGAGAUAAUGUGCUCCGAUAAAUUUCUGAGCCAAUGUGUCAGAAUCCUGAAGAAGCACAGUCACAAUCGUGCUCUUAGUGUCACAUUUACUUGAUUGAUUGUUGUAUCUGAACCUAUGAAAACUCAGAAAAAAAAAGGCACUUCUGAAGAGUAAUGUAUUAUCUAGUCACAGAACUUCUAUACAAGAUCUUAUUUUAUA